AUGAUAAUGAGUACUGAAGAUACUGGUAAUGCAAGGAAAGUUAAAUUAGUCCAAGAUAACCUGAAUGAACAGGCUGAACAAUCCAACAUUAGAAAAAGAUCUAUACAAUGUCCAAAUGAUGGUGAUUCAUCAACAGUUCACACACCUAAACGAAAUCGCAAGGACACAACCAAUGAAGACACUAGAAUUACUCAAUGUCCUUCCAAACCAGUUCAAAAUAAACAGGAAGAAUCAAGUACAUCAACAGCUACAAGAUCAACAACGUCCUCUUAUUUCAAUACUGGGGUGAGUCAUCAACCUAAAAACAACUCCAAUGAAACAACAGGUCGAAUGCAUCGUGAAUCACCGCGACAAACGUAUCCACCCUUUCGUAUUACAUUUCAAGAUGAAAACAGUUAUCCAACGUCUGAAUUAAGUUUAAUUAAAGAAAUCAACAAGCAAUGUAAACUCAACUUGACAUAUGGGCGGUACACCAAGACUUCGGACAUGAAAAUGUGUUUCCUACUCUAUCCUAGUACGACAGAACAAUUCGAAUAUUUGAUGUGUGAAUCAAACUGGCCUUCGAUGAUUAGCAAAACCGAAUACAAGCUUGACUUACCAAUCAAAAUUCCAUCAUCUUAUUCUAUAGUAAUUCAAAAGGUACCGAGUCAAUGGAAUGCCGAAGCAUUUGGCAGGGAAUUAAAACAAUGUUAUCCAUCAAUUGUACGUGCAGUUCGUCUCUUUAUUAGUGGUGGUCGUCCAUUGUCAAAAGUUCGUGUAGAUUUCUCAUCAUACAAGGAACUAUCAUCGAUUUUAAAAGCGAAACGGAUUUUACUUGAUGAUGAUAAUACAGCAUUUGCUGUCGAACCAUAUGUCCCACCAACUCGUAUACUACGAUGUUAUAAUUGUCAAGCUUAUGAUGUUCAUAUUGCUGCUCAUUGUCCAAGCAAGAACAACCCUGUCUGCUUUAGAUGUGCUCAACAACAUCCGUAUAAUCCACAAUGCAAUAAUCCUAUCAAAUGUGUGCAUUGUGACGGUGAUCAUAUGGCAGGAAAUCCGAGCUGUCCAGUCAAAUUAGGAAAACGUCAAGAAAGAAAUCAACGAAUGAAAACACCACGUGAAGCAUCAUCUACAAUUAAUCAACAACAACGCAAGCAUACUUGGACGGGCAAUGCAAAUGAGCAUUUAUUUGGAUCUGAACCAACACCAAACACCACCUCGUCUACUUCUACUCUAAACAACAGCAUGAAUUAUGAAACGAACAUCCUGAAUAUGUUCGAAAAAAUUGAAAAUGCAAUGCAUGGUAUCAAACAGAAGCAAGUUGAAUUAAAUAACAAAUUUGAUGAAAUCAAUGCCAAAUUAAAUUAUCAUAAUGAUAAUAUUAAUCAGCUCAAAUACUGCAUUUAUGACGUCUUAUGUCCACUCGUCCAAGAAAUAACAAUUCAAACGCAGUCAAAAGCAACAGCAGCAAAUAAAAAAGCCAUAGUCCCAUUGUACAAUAAACUAACCGAAUUGAUUUCCAAAAAUAACAACUCAUCUAACAAUAUGGAUGAGUAUACUACCAAUGAAAUCGGUGUCAACGAAUAUACAAAAUCAAACGGUGAAUUAUAUCAAACAACGACUCAUGAAUCCCGACGCUAA